AUGUCUCUGAUUAAUAUUUCAGUUGUAGAUUGUUUCAAUGAAAACAUUAUGACUUCAACUGGAUCAUAUUUUGUAUGUGAUUAUAUUAAACAGACAAGUUCAUCAUCAUCAUCAUCAUCAAUAUAUUCAUAUAAACCUAUAGUAAAAUCUCCUGAACAAAUGGUUAUAAACGCAUAUUCUAUAGAUAAAAGUAGAAACUUAUCAAUAAUAGAAGAAGUAACUAUGAAUGAUGAUAUACCAUUUCUGUUUCUAUUUAUAUGUUAUACUAUUGAUAUGAUAUGGUGUUAUAUACCAAUUAUAUUAUUUUUAAUUGGUACUAUUGGUAAUAUCUUAUCAUUUCUUGUCUUUUAUAAACGUACAAGUUUAUAUUUAUCAUCACAUAUCUAUUUAUUAUUAUUAGCUAUAAUGGAUGAAGGUGUAUUAUGCAUUGGUUUAUUACGUAGAUGGUUAGAUAGAUUAUUAUUAAUACGUUUAGAAGAUAAACAUUGGUUAUUAUGUAAAUCAAUACAAUUUAUUAGUGUAACUAUUAGUUAUAUAUCAGUUUGGAUAAUUGUAUUCAUUACUGUAGAGCGUACAUUAGUUGUUAUAUCACCAAUUAGUAGAGUAUAUUUAAAUCGUUUAAAACAUUCUUAUACAUUACUAAUUAUACUUUGUUUAUUAGCAUGUAGUAUAAGUUUACAUUUCUUUUCAACUGUUGAUCUUGUACAGACAAUGAAUAAUGUUACAUUGAAAGAUGAUAUCAAAGAAACUAUUUCAUCAUUAUUCUCAUCAUCAAGAUAUGUAAUUGAUGAAUACAAUUAUAAUCAUAUAGAUAAUAUCUCAUUAUUCAAUAUAUAUAAUAAUGUAACUGAUUCAUUUAUAUGCGAUUUUCAUUUACAAUAUAAAAUGAAUGGAUUUCAAAGUAUUUGGACAUGGAUUGAUGCUUCAUUAUACAGUUAUCUACCAUUCAUUAUUAUUGUUAUAUCAAAUACUAUUAUUCUACUUAAUAUACACUCAGCUAGUAAACGACGUCAAAGUAUGAUAUAUAAAAUAUCUAAUCGUAAUUAUUGUUAUCAUCAUCAUAAUCAAUAUAUUAAGAAUUGUAAGAAUAAUGAUUAUCCAGUUAAUAGUUUAUCAAUUAAAUGGAAUCGGUGUAUACCAGCAACCGAACAUCAACAACAAUCAUCAUCUAAUUAUUCACAAUCUUAUACAAAUAACAAAAUUAUCCCACCGAUAAUACAGUCAACACUACAUCAUCAUCAUCAUCAACACAAUGAUAAUAAUAUCAAUAUGUAUUGUAAGCAUAAUAAUAAUAAUAAUAAUCGUAGUAUUAUGAAUAAUAAAUCUAGUAGUAAUGUAUAUAAAUGUAAACAUCCAUGUAUUAGUAUCAAAUUACAACCAUAUAAUGGAGUAAAAGGCAUAGAAUAUAAGACAAGUAAUUGUAUACAACAUUCACAUGUUAUCUUAUCGAAUGAAAUGCGUCAGUUAACCUUAUUAUUAAUGCUUAUCUCUUGUAUAUUCUUAUUAACAACUGCACCAGUUGUAUUCAUUAAAUUAUUAUAUGCAUGGAAUAUUCAAUUGAAUAGAAAACAAAUGAUACUAUUAGAAUUAUUCGAUUGUAUUGCUGAAGUAUUAAUGUAUACUAAUCAUACUAUAAAUUUUUAUCUUUAUUGUGCUGUUGGUAAAACAUUUCGUAAAGAAUUAAGGAAAAUACUUAAAUGUCGACGAAAACAUCAAUAAGGCAAAAACAAAUGUAUAUAUAUAUAUAGUUACAUCUUGAAGUAAUACACCUUUUGAAUGUUUUCUACGGACUUGAUCAAGAAGUUUACAGUUUUAUAAAUUCUUAGAAUAAACGAUAACAAUCUAAGAUGAGAUAAUUAUAUAAUCUUAUAUCUUAUAGCUUAAAGUAAAUUAUAUAUUAUUGUGAAUAAAUAUAUUAGAAAGUAAUGAAA